UUCUGCUCUACGCAAUCAAUCGCUGCAUUUCUCCUGCAUUUCUCCCCCUUCCAUCGCCAACAGACAGUUCCCUAGACCACCCAAGCCAAUAUAACGGCCAAAAAUACAAAGUUGACAACAGGGGAAUCAACUUCUGUCAUUGUUUUGACUGAGUCUUUCCAUUUAUACAUUUCUCCGCUCGUUGUAGCUUACUCCCGCUUUAUCCACCCCCUGGGCCGACCAUGUUGAGGGGACCUUGAACUGCGGACAAACGGAGUGGGCGACCAGGCAGCGCUUAAAGUACGGACGACAACAUAUUACUGGCAGGCAGAGGAUCUUGUGGGAGGGUUAAACGUCUAGCCAGGUUUCACAAAAUGUCCGACAAGAUUAGUUUAUUACCCUUGGAGCUCAUCCUUCACAUACUCUCCUACCUUCCCUUCGAGUCCUUGCUUGCCUUCGGCGAAACAUCUCGCGCCAACUAUGCGUCCCAUACUCUCUGCCUUGAAUGUCUACGACUAGGAAUUUUCGAGAAGCGCAUUCACUCUGUGAUAUCCUUAUUCCAGGCUGGCUGGACCACGCCGGAUCAAAUGGCGCAGAUUUCCAGUCACAACAAACAAGCGAAUGACUACACAAUAUCCAUCAUCCAACCUGCCAUGAGCCGCCUUGCGAGCGACUUGGACAGCAAGCCUCUACUGAAAAUGAAAAGCUUGAAAAGACGGUGCCCUGCACUACUUGAGAAAUCCCGAACAUUGGAGCAGAUGAUUAGGGAGCAAAAUAGGAUUUUUGCCCAAGUGGUGAAUCGGUAUGGCCAAGGACUUAGGAAACUGGAGUUUAUGGCGUAUGAUCUUGACAGCGAGGGUGCCAUGGCUUUAGCUUCCAAAUGCAAAAACAUAUUGCAUCAUCUAGCAUUGCGCUUUGAGCAUCCACACAUUCGGGACGGCCCCAUCAGACCGAGCACUUGGCUGAAUCCUGCCCCGGGAAGUACGGCAUGGAAUAUGUUCCUCGGUAUAGGACGGUAUGCCCAAUAUGGGCUUUGCGGGCUACAGACGUUGAUCCUGGAGCGGGCGGGCAUCACACCGUGGCAGUUGACCAUGCUUGUGAAGAAGAACCCCAAGCUGACUGUUCUCAAACUGAGAACAUGUCGCGGUGCACAGCCUGAGUUUUUGAACUGGCUAGGUGGAGUUUCCUACGAGCCAGAAGAGCGAGAUAUGGAUGAUAACAUUCUAGCUCCUGGUCGGAAGCUCAAAGUGCUCUGGUUGGAAAACUGCCACCAGGUACUUGCCCAUCCCAUCGAAGACUAUGAACAUCUGCCCAACGAAUCUUGCGACUUUGGCCUUGAAUGGGUCAGAGGUCUGACCAGCUUGCGUUCUCUAUCUUUCAGCGAGAGCGCCAAUAUCCCGCCUGAAUACAUUGACAGGGCCAAUAGUGUCCUUUGGAAGAUACCAGAAGUCAUCUUGCCUUAUUCUGGCCAUGGGGACAAGGCCCCUAUUGAAGUCGAUCCUGGGUUAUUGUAGUUUACACCUGCUUUUUCAUUUUUAUUAAUCUUAUCUUUUUUGUUCUCUAGGGGAGGCUAUCUGUUGUUUCGUCUUUCCGGUGACUGGAGAAUCUUCUUCAGUUACUUUGUUUUGGGAGAUAGACUUUCUGUGCAAACACCUGCAAUUCUGUGCUAAAGCUCCAAGACAACAUAAAUCAGAA